UUAGUCCUCCCUAAAAUCAUUUCCGAAGAGCAGUCUGCAUUUGUCCCUGGUAGGAUAAUUUCUGAUAAUAUAAUUGCUGCAUAUGAAUGCCUACAUUUUAUGCGAACAAAUGGCACAAAGAGGAAUGGCUAUUGUGCUCUCAAACUUGAUAUGUCUAAGGCUUAUGAUCGAGUGGAGUGGCCAUAUUUAUUUGCCAUCAUGGAGAGGUUGGGAUUCAGUAAGAAAUGGAUUGAUGUAAUCAUGAAAUGUGUAACCUCAGUAUCUUUCUCAGUUCUUUUCAAUGGAGAAAUAUUAGAACAGUUCAAACCAUCCAGAGGAAUUAGACAAGGUGAUCCAAUUUCUCCAUACUUGUUUCUUAUUUGUGCUGAAGGCUUAUCAUGUAUUCUAAAUAACAAUAGCAAUCAGGAGAGGGGAAUUACAUUAGCUAAGAAUGCUCCAAGAAUCAGCCAUUUACUUUUUGCAGAUGAUAGCAUUUUAUUCUUCAAAGCGAGUGUAAGAGCGGCAGAAAUAAUUGAUUCACUUCUUGCUGCUUAUAGUGAUGCAUCUGGACAACGAAUCAACUACGACAAGUCAUCAAUUUAUUUUAGCAAAAAAUGCAGCAAUACAUUAAAGGAGGAGAUAAAAAAGAAGAUAUGUGUGAAUAAUGAGGCACUGACUGAACGCUAUUUAGGAUUGCCAACUGAUGUGGGUAGGUCAAAAAAUGGUGCUUUUAAAUAUUUAAAAGACCAGAUAUGGAAUAAGGUGCAGGGAUGGAUGGAACAAUGCCUCUCAGCCGGCGGCAAAGAAGUGUUGAUUAAAGCUGUAGUCCAAGCAGUACCUACUUAUUCCAUGAGUUGUUUCAGACUACCAAGGGGACUAUGUCAAGCUAUUAAUGCAAUUAUUCGAAAAUUUUGGUGGGGUAGCAAGGAAGGGAAAAGGAAAAAUUGCUGGGUAUCAUGGGAAGAAAUGACUCAGCCUAAAUACCUUGGUGGGCUGGGAUUCAGGGAUAUAGAGCUCUUUAACUUGGCUCUUCUUGCUCGGCAGGCUUGGAGGAUUAUGCAAAAUUCAAAAUCCUUGAGUGCUAGGCUAUUGAAAGCAUUAUAUUUUCCUGAUAAACAUUUUCUUGAAGCAGUCUUGGGAAGUAGACCGUCACAAAUUUGGAGAGCUAUACUUGAUGGACGGGACGUUCUUGAGCAAGGAUUGAUCAAAAGAAUUGGAAAUGGUAAAAGUACAGAUAUUUGGAAACAUAAUUGGCUCCCAAGAGAUGGUGGGUUGCGGCCAAUUGCAUCAAAGCUAUCAAACCCACCCAGAUGUGUUAGUGAAUUAAUAGAUGGAAUAACUAUGCAAUGGAGGCAAGAUGUGAUUCAAAAGUACUUUUAUGAUAUGGAUGCUCAGGAAUCAAAUACAAGAUUGGCUUGAUGGCAAAGUAGAGAGCUCGGACACUGAAGGAGCUAAAAAAAGAUGGAAAUUAUUCUGGAAGGUCAAGGUACCAUCAAAAAUUCAUAUCUUUGCUUGGAGAUUGGCCCAUAAUUCUUUAAGUACCGGUGAAGUUCUUAAAGAAAGGUCAAUGAGUGAACAUAGUGGAUGCAAGUUAUGUGGUGCUAUUAUUGACUCGUGGCGCCAUGCUCUUUUCUAUUGUACAAUGUCAAGAUGUGUUUGGACUCUAGUAGAUGAGGAUCUCAUUGACCAUAUUGCUGCAACUGAGAUUAAUAAUCCAAAGAUGUGGCUGUUUUUUAUGCAGGAAACUUUAUCGGCAAAAGAAUUUCAGAAACUUCUAAUCAUAUGUUGGGCAAUCUGGAGGGCACGAAGAAUGGCAUUACAUGAGGGUAUAUUUCAAAGCCCAUUAUCAAUAUUCAGCUUUAUUACAAAAUAUCUUGAUGAUCUCAAACUGGCUGGUUUGAUUGAGGACAUUGAUAUGACCAAGUCAACAAGAAACAAGAAAUCAGCUCCCAAAUGGAUACCUCCACCUGAAGCUUUCGUGAAGUUCAAUGUUGAUGCUGCGGUGGCACGAGCUGAAGAUAAGGGGACUGUUAGUGUGGUGUGUCGAGAUAAUGUAGGGAAUUAUGUGGCUGCAAGUGCUAUGGUCAUUGAUGGUUUAACUGAUCCGUCAUCUUUGGAAGCUUUGGCUUGUAAUGAAGCAAUUUCUUUGGCCAUGGACAUUGGGGUGCGUAAGUGUGUAAUAGCUUCAGAUUGCUUGGAAGUGAUUUUGAAUCUUCAGAAGCAAAGUUUGUGUGCUUAUUCCUCAGUGUUGAAGGAAAUUAAAGCUAGAAGCACUUUGUUUCAGGAAGUAGUUUUUAAGCAUGAAGGUAGAGAAUCAAAUUGUGAGGCCCAUGCUCUUGCUAAAGGUGUUUGUAAAUUGGCACCAGGGAGAUAUUUAUGGCUCCUUGGGCGUCUAGAAAUUUUGCAUGUACCUCAAAACAUUAUGAAUUAA